UCUCCUCCCCGCUGGAAGUACAGUACCGCCAACACCAAGCCGGGCUCCUCCGCAGUGGCUUUUCUUCCUCUUAGGAUGGAUGAAUUGAAGAUGUAAGCCUGCCCGACUGGGGACUAUGCCUAGCUGGGGGUGUCUCCUGGUCAACCGUGAGGGAGAGGAAAAGGAGCCACCUCCUGCCGUUUGGGGGGGAAAGAGCCAGGAUUUGCCCCACACCCAGGAAAUCUCUCCUGCCAAGGACCCCCUCCCAGGGUAAUAAUAUUAUUGCAGGAGACCUCCUUAUGGUUACUAGGGUUUCACGCGCUAGAUCUUCCCAACUAAGUCCAUACUCAGGAGUAGACCCACUGAAGUCAAUGGACGGAAGCUGGGCGUGAGGGGCCAGGGCUUUCAAUGGGUCUACUCUUGAGUAGAAGCUUAGUCGGAGGCACAACUCACGGAUCUCCUUUUCUCGCCCAUUGCAUCGCUCAGGAAGCGAGAGGUGGGGGAGCAAGGAGUACUGAAUCUCACCCAAAGGUGUACAUCUCCAGGCCUUCUAAAACAGAGGUUUGGUUGAGUGAAAACGAAAUAACGUUUGCAAAAGGAAAUAAAACGUGUACAGAGGGACUACCCUGCGUGGGAUCUCUAUAAUAAUUGUGUGGAUGGUUUAUUAUCCCAGCAAACCCCAUUCUGUCUUCCGAACACCCUGUGAUUAUUCAUUAUUUCUUACUAUUCCUGCACAGAAAUAAGUAUAAUUGGUGUCACCACUCGCUGUCAUUCCCUCACUUCCAAAAUUAAAAUUUAAUUUUGGGGCAUAAAUGCACAGUUUACCUGGGAGUAGAUGUCAUUGAACUGGGUGAGUCCUACACCUGAGUAACUGUGCUUAGCACUGCACCGUUAAAAGGUUUUUAUUUUAUUUUAUUGAAGUGGCGUUUUGGCAAAGCUAUGAGUUAGCGUACAACCAGGGUAAUAAACCGAUAUUAAAAGUAUCUCGCACACAUCUGCCUGUCUAGAUAUGAUUAUAUCUGGGGGUUUGUGCAAGGAAACCACAGGUAUUUUCCUUUUUUGAAUGAGGGAAAUCCUGUGGACCUCUUUCACUUGCUGUGGCAAAGAUCUUUGCUUUUUAUAGCAGAAUGGUGAAAUGGUUUUGUCAACAACAUGCUUCAUCCAAACACAGCGGGGGGAGGGGGCAGCCUGGAAGGCAGAGAUUAUGUUUUUCCCUCAGGUAAAUAAUUGGCUUAUAACAGGGAUGCAGCAAAAGUUAACAGUGCAGGUGGUUCUCCCCCAACAAUAUCUUCAGAUAUUUUAAAUAGCUCAGUUGGUGGACCAUGAGACUCUUAAUGUCAGGGUCGUGGGUUUGAGCCCCAGGCAGAAGAUUCCUGCGUUGCAGGGGGUUGGACUAGAUGACUCUCAUGGUCCCUUCCAACUCUACAAUUCUAUUCUUCUCCGUGUCUUAUGUCAUGAAAAGAAACAUGCAGCAAAGUUUGAAAAAAGUGUGCUUGUAAUGCAAUAAUAAAUGCAGAUGGAAGGCUGUGCCCUUUGUAUCUGAAGUAUUCAGAUUUAUCCAAAAAUCACAGCCAAACUUCAAAGAUGAAUUCCCCAAAUACUGGAACCCAAACAAUCCCUGUGUGCCAAUGAGCAGCUUUGCGUUUUUAUUGUUUGCACUCCAAGCCAAGGCCUGGUUACUCCAAAGUAAGUCCCACAGAUUUCAGUGGAAUUUACUUCCAUGUAAGCACACCUGGCCAUUGCUGUAUUAUCCCCACAAGAGGCGUGAGGUAGAAUUCUAUUUAACUGCACCAACUGUCUCCUUUUAAACUGAAACAUUCUGAAGCAACGUGAUGCAAAAGCAGUUCUCUGUUGCAGCAGCCUAUGGGGAGAAGAGACUUAUUUGCAUAUGUAACACGAUUGGCUACCUUUUAUACCAGAUUCUUUAUUGGAAGAUGCUCGUGACCACUUUGGUCUAUGGUCCCAGGAGUCUAAGAAGUGGUUGUUAUUACCUUGGGGUGACUAAGAGAGAUUUCUUUAUUUAUUCAUAACAAAAUUUACAUAUCGCUUGAUUGUAUGAAAACCUCUGAGUGGUUUAAAAAAAACAACCAGCCACGUUGGGGGUUAGUAAUGACUACCGUUCACCAACCCACCCUCUUCCCAUUAAGUAAAACAAAAGCAAAAUACAGCCCCACAGCUGAUAUAUUUUGUUUAUUUCAUACAAUGAUUUCCACCCAAGACCUCAAGGGGGUAUAUAUGCUUGCUUACUUUCUCAUUUUAUCCUUGCGACAACCUGUGAGGUUGGAGAGGCUGGGAGAUCAUUGUUGCUCCUUCACUCCCUUACCAGGGUGGCAAUGGGUGGCGUGGCUGAGAAGCCGCUACAUAACGAGUGAACUAGGCAAUGGGUUCCUUCUAUGCCCUUUCAAGCAUCCUUUUUAGUGCUCAUUCAUGAUUAUUUGGGUUCCUAAUGCUUUUGGGAUGGUCACGUAUGACCCCACCCAUACAGUGAUAACAUACUAGCAUUGUGGAAGCGUCACAGAGCGAACGUAAACAGAAUAAUUCCACCACCAGUGCUUCAUUUUACUAUGUGAAGAACACGUUGCAGAAAACACCAAAAAUUUAAUGCUUGAUUUUAUCUAGAUCUUGCCAGAUUGAACGCAAUCUAAAAAAGAGCCCUGUCCAAUGUAGGAACUCAUUUCAAACACCUAACUGGACGGCACAGCGUUUACACAAUUAGCAACUGGGAUAAUGACUUUUUGAAGUAAAUUGCAGGCAAGGGAGCCCUGAUCUGCAUUGGGACCCUGCUACUUUGGAGGGCGGGGGGGGGGCGCAGAGGGGCUUUAAACCUUUGCUUCUUGCAAAUGUUCAAACCUUUAAACCUUUGUCUCUGGUUGGAAAUGAAGCAGUAUGGCCACCCCAAACUUUUUGGAAGUGUGGAUUGCAUCAAAAACAGAAGUGUGUAUGACCCCCGUUAAUAGCACUGUGAACACAAAUGAUCAUGAAUGUGUGAUAAAAAGGCAUGGGGCGAGGCCAUAGAUACAGAGGAGCAAUAUCCUGAUCUCACCAUGGCUAACCAGAUCCCCGUAGGAAUACCAAAACAGAAGUCCGCUUUUGUUGUCUUGCUGUUAAUCCCCAUGCUACGGGAAUAUAAUUUAAAAAUACGCGGACAUCUCCAAAUAUCAAGGGUUUUGCUAAUGCAAAGUUGAUGCUGACAACUUUGGACCAAAUAUAAUUUAUCACUGGAGAAGCCCGCCUCAUAUGCCUCAGUGAGGCAUUCUCAGAAAUGCUGAGAGGUGUAUCACUUUUCAUAACAUCACAGCGUGUUUGUUUUUAAUUUUCAUUACCGAAGUUGAGGACUAUAGGGCAAACAGCAGGAUAUCAGUGGGGUAUUGAUAACAGAACGCCAAAAAGUUAAACAUUCAUUUGUGAAUAAGUGCUACAUAGAGAAGCCAUAUAUAUAUAUAAUGUUCCUUAAAUAAGAACCAGACUGAGAAACAUGGAAAUCUUAGAAUCAAAGAAUUAUAGAGUUGCAAGGGACCACGAAGAUCGUCUAGUCCAGCGGUUCUCAACCUGUGGGUCCCCAGAUGUUAUUGGACUACAACUCCAUCCCUGCACUUGCUAGCUGGGGUGAUGGGAGUUGUAGUUCAACAACAUCUGGGGACCCACAGGUUGAGAAAGGCUGAUCUAGUCCAACCCUCUGCGGUGCAGGAAUCUUAAACCCAUGGCACUGUGAUUAAGAGUCUUAUGCUCUACCAAUGGCGCUGUUAUUCCUGUAGCAACAGCACCAACAAAAUUGGUCUUUGUGCUCUUUCAACAGGUUAUGAGAAGGAGAUACUGUUGCUCCUACCUUGGUGGAGUUUUGUAAUACCAGAUCCGGUGGAUCCCUGAGCGCCCCCUUAAUGCGCAAUGGAGAAAUCUCAGCAGAAAGACCGAAAAAACCGCAAAUCCUCUAAACAAGAUGCCCAGCCUGCUGAACAGAAGUUUGACACCGGUAACCGAGGGCUGAAGAAAGUGAGCAACAAGACCGUGAUAACAGGAGGUGCUGGCUAUUUUGGCUUUAGCCUUGGCCGUGCCCUUGCCAAAUCAGGAACCAGUGUGAUUCUCUAUGACAUUAACCAACCCCUCUGGGAAAUUCCAAAAGGAGUAGUAUUCGUACAGGUAUUUAUCAUUUAUUAUUAUGAUCGUAAUACCCCACUUUUCUUUUCCAUAAGCAACACAUCAUGUAGAGAGAGAUUAUUAUCUGCUGUCAGGUGUAAGGCAGGUAAAGUGUGGUUGUGGGGGAAGGGUUUGCAAGCACCAGUGAUCAGUGGCACCUGCUGCAAUGGGGGUGGGUGGGGUAGGUGACUAUGAUCUCUGCAAGAUCGGGGGGGGGGGGUGUCCAAUCCUGCCUGUUUUGAACUUUCCAAGGACCAGGAAAACCCUCAUUUAAAGGGGGGAAGUUCCAGUACAACACUAUGGGAUGGGAAGGACAACCUGUGGCUAUCCCUAUAUUAAUGAGACAGGCAAGUGCAAAUCCAGAGUUCUCCAGUAUGGACAAACGCUCUCUCUUUCUGCACAGACACCCGUUGGAUUUGCUUUGCAGUCCUUCCAUCAGAGGGAUGGAUGGUGUGUGAGGCCUCCUCCAACUCUUAUGAUGGCAUGAUUUGUACAGUAUGUUUCGUGACCCUUUGCAAUGACAGAGAAGAUCUGCAUGAUCAAAGAACUGGGUCCUUGCCCUCUCUUCCCUGUUGCUGGUGGCCUUAGAGUGUGUAUCUUGGCUUCUCAGCAUCCUUUGUUGUCUGUUGCCUGGGGAAAAAAUAUUGCUGACCCCCCCAGCCCCCACUCAGGAGUAUGUGAUCUCUGUGUUCUAGGCAGACGUGAGGCACUAUGACCCGCUUUAUGCAGCCUGCGAAGGGGCAGACUGUGUCAUUCACGCAGCUGCGUACGGAAUGACAGGAUUAGAACAAGUGAGUUGGCUUCUCUUCGUCUUGAGUUUCUGCAAGGAAUCAACCCCUUUCAUGUGGCUUUUCCAGAUUGUGUUGAACAGAUUUUCAGAAAAUUUCCUGCUGUCCUAAAUCAAACAGAGAUCUGUUGAUAGCUUUUUCCAGGGCCUGCCCCUUUCAGAAAGGAAAAUAAAAUACACUAGACUCUCAGGCAAAGAAGCCCUGAGUGGAUACAGACAGUCUGGUAUAGCUCAGUCUGUAGAGCAUCUCAGGGUCGUGGGUCCAAUUUGGCAAAAGAAUCCUGCACUGCAGGGGGUUGGACUAGAUGAUCCUCUGUCAAAGAGCUGUCAGGCAAGCACAGGUCAUCCACAAGUCGGGAAAGAACUUGAGACACAGAAUGCAAUUAGCUUUUAAUUCACAGAAAGGAAGCAACACAGCAGCGUUCCUCUGGCUUGUCUCACCUAGCUCCUUCCCCCUCUCACUCCAGAUCUCUCCCAAGCAGAUGUAAAAUACGGCAAGGGGGUGGGCUCCUUCUCUGGGCCUGUCUGGCCCGUUGCUGAGCAGCUUGCAGGACUCUCCUCAAGUGGGGAGUCUGGGGAGGAGAGCCAGUUUCUUGGCAGCAGAGGCAGCCUCGGACUCUUCUCUCUCUGAGUCUGCACUCGCGCUGAGACUCUCAGCACCUAGCGCUGUCUUGGAAGACCUGCCUUCUCCUGACACACACACACCCCCAAUCACCCAGCCCUCCUGCAUCUAGCAUCUCCCAGCUUGACACUCCUGCACACUGGCCCCCUGUGUCCCACCACCACUGUCCUGGGUCUAAGUUGUCAUCUUCUGUGUCCUCCCUGGAGGGGUCUCUUGGAUAGGCGGCGCCCAACACUCUUCCUCAUCCGGCCAGACCCUGACACCCUCAUGGUCCCUUCCAAUUCUAUGAUGCUUUGAAAAAAGAUGCCUGAGUGAUGCUGAAUUAGAUCACAGACAUUCUCUUAAGCAAAGGCAACAGUAAGAAUAUGUAUAUUUUUUAAGAAGAGAAAUGUUUUAUUUUCAGUAAACAAUGUACUGAGAGGGGUGCAUAAGUAAAUUAUCAUUUGUUAUUCCACAUCCACUUUUGGCCCCACCUAGAAACAUGUGACCUCUGGAGGACUAUAAAAGGUUCCCUGUGCUGGAUUUCACCCAAGACUAACUAGUGGUUCUCCAGGGUCUUGGGCAAAGACACUUUCCCAUCACUUGUGGUCUGAACCUUCUAACUGAAGAUGCAAGGGAACGUACCUGGGACCUUCGGCGGGUACACAGCCUCUGAGCAAUAGCCCUUCUUGACUGCUUUUUUCAGAUGAUUUUUUUUUCUUUUUUCGAAAUUCAACUUUUACAAGCUGGCCUUCUUGCUGCCUAGGGAGCAAGCCAGGCCAAUUCUCCAGAGACCAAAACAAGCUAAAGCAAUUCAUUUUGCUUUGAUUGCAGCAUCUGGUGCAACAUUAAACCUCUUCCUGCUUUUCCUAGAUGCACAAGAGACAUAUUCGGUCUGUCAAUGUCGGAGGAACCAGUGUCGUCAUUGAAGGUGCGUACAGCCUCAGUGCUUUGUUUUGGAUGAGCCCAGGCUGAGGAUCGUCGAUGGUCGGCUUGUUUACAUACCACAUCUCCCACAAAUAAAUCUGUGCUCAAAAGCAGUUCGCACAAAAGCCAGUCUAAAUACGAUAAAGAAUAAUAAUGGUAAUUUAUUAUUUAUAUGCUGUCCACCUGACUGGGUUGCCCCAGUCACUCUGGGCAGCUUCCAACACAUUAAAACACAGUAGGACAUAAGACAUUCAGAACUUCCCUAUACAGGGCUGCCUUCAGAUGUCUUCUAAAAGUCAGAUAGUUGUUUAUUUCCUUGACAUCUGAUGGGAGGGCGUUCCAUAGGGCGUGCACCACUACCCAGAAGGCCCUCUGCUUGGUUCCCUGUUACCUCCCUUCUCACUAUGAGGGAACUGCCAGAAGGCCCUCGGCGCUGGACCUCAGUGUCCGGGUUGAAUGAUGGUGGUGGAGACACUCCUUCAGGUAUACAGGGCCAAAGCAGUCUAAGGUUUUAAAGGUCAACACUGACACUUUGAAUUGUGCUCGGAAAAGUACUGGGAACUAAUGUAGAUCCUUCAGGACUGGUGUUAUAGGGUCCCGGCGGCUGCUCCCAGUCAUCAGUCUGGCAGCUGCAUUUUGUCUUAGUUGUGGUUUCUGAGUCACCUUCAAAGGUAACCCCACGUAGAGCGCAUUGCAGUAGUCCAAGUGGGAGCUAACUAGAGCAUGUACUACUGUGGCAAGACUGUCUGCGGGCAGGUAGAGUCUCAGCCUGCGUACCAGAUGGAGCUGGCAGACAGCUGCCCUGGACAAAGAACACAAUAAGACAAAUAACAUCACUGCAACAUAAUGCAAAAAAUAAAAAACAAGAAUCAACGAUUAAGAAUUAAUUUAGCAAGGAGAAACAUUUAAGAAGUAAGUAUACAGCUUACUAAUAGUUUAGGCCAAAGUAUUCAAUAAGCAAUUCCCUUCUGCAGGCUCCUAGGGCUGGAGGGUGGAGCGAAACCAAUCACCCCCUGAUAGCAACCCCAGAGUCUCCCCCCCCCCCCCACGGUUCUUUCUCUAGAAAGAGCUCCCUUUUGAAGGCUCCUGGGGCUGGAGGAUGCUGUAAUGUGAGCAGCCGGGGCAGAAUAAUUUGUUGGCUGCUGUUGCUCGCAGCCAUCCUGAGAUACCAGCCCUUUCCCUCAGGAAAGCAGAUUUCCAUUUGCCUCCUUCCGUCAACGAAGUGCUUUGUGUUUCCUAUGUCUCUGCAGUCUGCAAGCGACGAAGCGUCCCCAGGCUGGUCUACACAAGCAGCAUCAACGUGGUGUUUGGCGGGCAAACCCUUAUUGACGUCGACGAGCAGAGUGUGCCUUAUUUUCCUUUAGCAGAGGUAUUGGGGCUGCUCCCCUUUUUAGCAUUUGGCUGCAACCGACGGUGUGAGGGGCAAGAGAGAGGAGGGCUGAGUUGUUUUUAAUGACCUCCCCACAACACAAGAGAAAUUACGUGUUGUUUUUCCCCAGCCUGUUGCUUUGGAUCCAAAGUGUAGGGGUGGAUCCGAAGAACUGGCGGAGGCUGGUCUAUUAGCCCUCGGUCUGCCUCACCCCCACUUCCACCUUCCUGCCUUCUUGCUUAGAAGCUCAUAGAUAAACUAUGGUACUUUAGUGUGAUGGCCACUAACUUGGGUGGAUUAGACUGUGAUGGCCUGGGACUUGGGCUCGGAUUCGGAACCAGAGGAGACACAGUCUGCACUGGAUCCUUUGCCUCAGGCAUCAUCUGAACCAAGUCUGGGGCCUGAUCCUGAAGAGCCCCAGUCUGCACAGGUUCCCCUGCAACAAACACCAGCUGGGCCGAGUCAGGGGCCUGAGCCUGCCCUGGCUCCAGAUGCGGGGAUUACUUCGUUGCCUUCAGCUGGGCCAUCACUUACAGCUGCUCCACUACCAGUUGGGUCAGGGGAGGCUGAGGCGGCCCCUGGGUCUAGUAACCCACCGACGUCUCCCGAGCUGCAGAGACUGAGGUCUGAGAGAAGAAGAGACUUGCUCUUGAGCAGGAGGAGUGCUCGCCUUCGGGCGAAACAGGGAGGUGAGUCGCCGGGGGAUCAGAACUGGCCACUACCCCGACAAGAUAAAAGGUUGUCGGACCUGGGGAGGUAGGUUGCAGGAGCAACGUUGCUGUAUAUUAGAUCCUGCCGGAGAUCCUGUACCUGUCCUUGCCUGGUUUUCUGCCUCGUGUCCUGCCUUGGCCCUGUCGGACUGUCUCCCAGUGGAACCUUCGGAUUCUGGACCGUAUUUCAUGCGUUACCCCCGGGCCCAGCACAUAGACAAAUUCCCAGAGGACCAGGCUAUCAAGGACUACUAGCCAUAAUGGCUCUGCUCUGUCUCCAUGGUCAGAGGCAGCAGCGCUUCUGAAUACCAUUUGCUGGAAACCAGAGGAGGGGAGAGGGCUCUUGUGCUUGGGUCCUGCUUGUAGGUUUCCCACAAGCAUCUAGUUGGCCACCGUGAGAACAGGAUGCUGGACUAGAUGGCCUGAUCCAGAAGGUCUUAGAACCAGUCAUGGUGUGCCCCUGCCUGUCUGUCGUUGGGUUUGGCUACUGCUAGUCUCCUCGCCUUCUGUCCUACCAGUCCUAGUAGGCACCUGCCUCUUUUUCCUCCUCCUCCUCCUCCUCCUCCUCCUCCUCCUCCUCCUCCUCCUCUCUUCCCCACUAGCCAGUGGUAUAUGAUGGGUUGCCAGUGCCCAGGGACACGUGGAGGGGUUGGUUGGAUGUGAGGGAAAUGGAUGCUUGCACAUUCAGCUGCUUAAAAGCGUCCGCAGUCACCCAAGAGAUUGCAGCCACAGAGAUAAGGAAAAAGAGCUCUUCCAUUGUCUGGACAGGUUGUUCCCAGUUUGCAUGGAGAAGCCGUUUUCAACGGAGCCCAGUGAUAGAAGCGUGCGGCUGGAUUGAGGCAGCGCUGGGUGUUGAAAGUGUCCAGGGAAGCAAUUUUGCACCCAGGGCAACCACCCCUGUGCUAUCUGCUACAACACUGCCACCAGCUUUUGCUCCUGCUACUUCAUAUGUAGACUUAGGUUACCACUAGAGACCCUUGGGCACGCUGGAAUUAAGAAGAGCCCUAUUUUUCUCUCCGUAUGAUCCCUGUAGGGUUACACCCCAUGCUUUGGGGAAACUGAAUUGCAUCUUCUCACAGGUCUGUUAGGAGUAAGACAUGUGGAAUUCUUUUCACACGACAUCACUUUCCCUACUGGUGUCCCAUACUCCUGUAGGGCAGACUGACCCCCUCCCCGCAUUAUUUUCACUCUUUAAAAAAAAAUGUUAUUACAGUCUUAGUUAAAUCCUAAGGGAGAAAGUGUUCCCUAGAUUCAGGGCAGCCAGAAAAAAACCCCUUCCAUCCAUCGUCUAAGUUGGCACAUAGAGGUGUUCUGUGUGGUCCUCCUGCAAUUGUGGAAGACCCUCUGCUGGGGAUUUACCCAUAACCCCGUGGUAAGACUUGGAGCUGUGAUUAAAAUCUCAUUAUAUGGGCUGUUCCUUGGCACCGGGGAUGUAGAUGGUGACUGACUGAGUGGGAGAAAAACGUAUUAUUUGUUCAAGCAGAGCUGUUGGCUUACGUGCUUUGGUAUUUGCUAAAUAAUCCAAACUAAUUAAUUUGAUUUCUUUUUAGCAAAUGAACGAGUAUUCCAGAACCAAAUCAAUUGCAGAACGGAUGGUUCUAGGAGCAGACGGAGUGUCCUUACCAGGUACUUUUCUGUGAUCUUAGCCUAUGGCAACCUUGGUGGGGGAAUGAUUUUAUUGUAUCUUUCGUGACCCCCAGGGUCAAGCAGCGAUUAAGGUUCAGACUCAAGAGGCUCCAGCUAUGAAGUUGUUCCAGGUUCACAGCUCUGGCCCUGCUCUUGGAGACUGAGAGACGCAGAGCCUGGGGUUGGCAGGCAGGAGUCCGCAGAGGACACUCCCACACCACCAAGGCCUGUAAGCUCAGAACCAGGACCUCCGUGGACACCUGCCCUUAAACCUGAAGAAGCCAGUGCCUCCCAUUGCACCUCACUGGUCCAGCAGCACAGAGAGGGAUGCUCACCUUCAGGAUAGAAGGUUGCCCCUUUAAGACUCCAAAGCUAUCCAUCAGAGGAGCCUAGAAGCAGGUAGGAGGAGGAGCCGGGAGAUGCUGAAACCUCUGGCCUCUCUUGUCCCAUGUGGUCCAGUAUCAGCCCUAAACAUGGCGGUUUCUUCAAUUGACGUGUUCGGAAUCAGCCAAUGGCUUCUUGUCCUGUUUCCUAGGAGGUGGCAAGCUGCACACCUGUGCUCUUCGACCGCCUGGCAUCUAUGGGCCGGAAGAACAAAGGCAUUUUCCCCGGAUGGCCGUACGUAUUGUGACUUGCUCAGAACACUCUUCUGUGAAUGUGGGGGGAAACACUACCAUAUGAACCUACCCAGACCCCGAGGUCAUCUUCUGAGGCCCUCCUUCGUGUGUCUCCUCCUCGAGAGGUCCGAAGGGUGGCAACACGAGAACAGGCCUUCUCUGCAGUGGCUCCCCAUCUGUGGAAUGCUCUCCCCAGGGAAGUUCGCCUGGCGCCUUCAUUGUACACCUUUAGGCGCCAGGGAAAAACAUUCCUUUUUAACCAGACUUUUGGUUGAUCAGAUUUACAUCCUAUGCCCUUUUAAAAUGUGGGGGGUUUUUGGGGGAGGGGCUAUUGGGUUGUUGCUUUUAUUUUUAUUAGGUAUUUUGUGUUUUUAUAUCUUGAUUUUAUUCUGUGAACUGCCCUGAGGCCCCUGGGUAUAGGGCAGUAUAUAAAUUCAAUAAAUAAUAGUAAUAAUACCACCAUGGGAUGAGACCAGUUACAGUUAGGUACCAGAGAAAACAAGCCAUGCAAGGAAAGGUUAAAACAGCUGGAUAUGUUUGGCCUGGAGGCAAGAAGACCGGCGGGGGGGGGGGGAAUGAUAGCGCUCCUGGAACACAAGAAGGGUUGGCACAUUGAGAAGAGCAAAGACAUGCCCUGGGUUUACUCUGCUUGGGAUACCUGAAUAGGGCUUGCUUUAAAAGUCUCCUGUUCCUCAGCUCAGGAGAGCCAGUGACAAUUCUGCACUAAUUAAAGCCCUAAAUGGCCUCGGUAAAGCCCUAAACAGCCUCGGCCCAGUAUACCUGAAGGAGCGUCUCCACCCCCAUCGUUCUGCCCGGACGCUGAGGUCCAGCGCCGAGGGCCUUCUGGAGGUUCCCUCAUUGCGAGAAGCAACGCUACAGGGAACCAGGCAGAGGGCCUUCUCGGUAGUGGCGCCCGCCCUGUGGAACGCCCUCCCAUCAGAUGUCAAAGCGAUAAAUAACUACCUGAUAUUUAGAAGACAUCUUAAGGCAGCCCUGUUCAGGGAAGUUUUUAAUCUGUGAUAUUUUACUGUAUUUUUGGUUUCUAUGGAAGCCGCUCAGAGUGGCUGGGGAAACCCAGCCAGAUGGGCGGGGUACAAAUAAUAAAUUAUUAUUAUUAUUAUUAUUAUUAUUAUUAUUAUUAUUAUCACAUCUCGUUUGCCCCUCGUUGUAACUGGCAAUGUUAUGCUUCAAUCAUACCUUCCAACAGUUGAAUAUUGAAAGGGGGAUGUUUGUCUUCACAUUUGGGGGACCAGAGACCCGAAUGAACUGGGUUCAUAUCAAGAAUCUCGUGCAAGCUCACAUCCUCGCCAUGGACGCUCUCACUCCUGAGAAGAACUACAUAGCUGUAAGUAUAUCGUUACACGUGCUCCAGUUUUUCAGGUGCCGAACAUUCUGGGGAUGUGCAGAGCGUUUCCUUGGCGUGAGGCCCCUGGAGGGCUAUGGCAUUUUCGGGAUAAUUGAUUUACUAAGCAGCUUUUCGGCAGAAGUUGCUAAGUAACGCUAAGAAACCCACAAAAACACCAGUGUGGUUUUGAAAUCAGUGGUUAACAUCAGUGCAGCACCAAAAGAUUCAAGUCCACCAUGUUGAUUCAAAAUGGCUUCCAGGUGUAUCCAGACAUAGAUGAUGAAGAUGAUGAUGAUGAUUUAUUUAUACCCCGCCCAUCUGGCUGGGUUUCCCCAGCCACUCUGGGCGGCUUCCAACAAAAUAUUAAAAUACAAUAGUCCGUCAAACAUUAAAAGCUUCUCUAGAUGAAAACCUGUUCCUUGCUCUCAUGCAAAAUUUGGCUAUAGUAAAUUGGGAGGUGUCCAACUCCCUAGAAAACAAAUGUUCCAAUAUAUAUAUACAGUGGUACCUCGGGUUACAUACACUUCAGGUUACGUACGCUUCAGGUUACAGACUCCGCUAACCCAGAAAUAGUACCUCUGGUUAAGAACUUUGCUUCCGGAUGAGAACAGAAAUCGUGCUCCAGGGGCGCGGCAGCAGCCGGAGGCCCCAUUAGCUAAAGUGGUGCUUCAGGUUAAGAACAGUUUCAGGUUAAGAAUGGACCUCCAAAACGAAUUAAGUACUUAACCUGAGGUACCACUGUAUUAAGUUUACUAUAUGGCUCACUGCUAUAACUAAUUUCCCCCAUGAACUUUCCCUGACCCUGAGGUCAUAAACUGAGAUUCUUCUCUGUAGCCCACCUCCAAGGAAGGUCUGAAGUGUGGGGAUAAGAGAGCAGGGCCUUUCUAUCGCAUCCCGCCAUUUAUGGAAUUCUCUCCCAAGGGAGGCCCACCUGGAUCCACCCUUGUCCUCAUUUUGGCGCCAGGCAAAGCACAGGCAUUUGGAUAGCACCAGUGAAAUGACGUUGCACUGUGAAAUCUGUUUUUGAUAUGUUUCGCCUGUGUUUAUUGUUGUAUUUACACUUUGGCUAUAUAUCAAACCAUCAGGGUUUUUGUUACUGUUUUGUUUUGGUGGGCAAUAAAUUUAAUGCACCUAAAGCUUCGGAGUUUCCAGGAAAUCAUACAGUUCUCAGCUGAGCACAAAGGUGUCCAGGUAGGUUAUUUUCCUUCCUAAGGCUGCAGGCAAACCGUACAUGUAAAGUUCAUUGCCAAUGUGUACCUUGCAUGAUCGUUGGCCAUUGGGGCCGAGGAGAGUUUAAUGUCCAACAAUGGUUGUAUGGCCACAAGUUGCCCAUGUCUAUUCUGAUCUCUUUCCCCUGUGUUCUUUGUAGGCUGGCCAGGCAUAUUUCAUCAACGACGGCGAGAAGGUCAACCUUAUUGAGUGGUUAACCCCACUGGUGAGUGCAAGAGCUGUUUGUUAUAGACAGAAUUGUGCUCUAAAACUUCUUAAGCUUAUUGGCUGUGGUGGUUGUGACGGAUGGGAGUUCGAGUCCAGUAUCCUCUGGUGGGCUUCAAUUUCUCCGUUUCUUUUUUAAUCUGCCUCGAGUCUCAUAUGGCCUGAUGAGAUGCAAUAAUUAAUAAAGGCAGCUGUAUAGUGUUGGGGGGGAAUCAGGUGAAUAUGGGGAGGGACCCCCUUACAAACCAUAGAUGACUAUGUAUAAUGCAAACCUUUGCUGAGUAUUUUACCAGUGAAAAUUUCCAGACACAGAAGUUUUUUUUGUAAGAAAUUCAAUAACAGUUUUAAUUUGUUUUGGUCUUAAAUUGACUGCGAUUUUAACCUUCUCUGUAUUUUAAAUUAUGGUUGUAAUCUGUGAGCGUUUUAUUGUUUUAUCUUUCUCGUAAACUGCUUUGAGGUUUUCCUACAAUCAAAUGGUACAGAAAUGGAUAGAUCGAUAAAUGAACAGCUGCAUUCAAAGCUGUCUGGUUUCAGUAUUUCAAUGUUUCUUUCAGUUUAAAGGAUUGGGUUGCAGCAAGCCAUGGAUACGUGUUCCUGUUCUUUUUGCUUAUUUUUCAGGUAAAAUAUUUCCAGUUGUUUGCUCAACAGUUGUUUGGGGUUUGCUUGUUUUUACAGUAGUUCAGACAAAACCUUGGGUUUGCACUCGGUGUGAAUCAGGAAUUUUAUCUUGCAGCAAACCAUGGCUUGAGAAGCUGGCUUGUUGAAUCGGCCAUUGUGGUAAACCAUAAUGCUUAAACUGAGAUGUUUGGAAGCAGAAGCUAAACUCUGCAGAAAUCCUUAUCCCAGUCACAAAAGAUCUGAGUUUCUGAAGCUCGACAGCCAUUGUUUAGCGUUACGUGCAGAUGAGCCCAUUGCACUAUAUCGGCGCCCAUCUCAACUGAGACCUGAGGGGGCAAAGGUUAAUGUUUUUCAACCCUGAUGUUGUUCCAUAAAAAACAGCAUUCUCCGUGCACACACACCCCUGGCCACAACUGCAUUGCCUUGUGGGUGUUGGGAUACUGCCAGGGAGACAAAGUCCAUCAUGGCCCCAAGCCGUCUGCCGGACGAUCCAUCGAUCUCCCGUAGGCACGCAGUAUCAGCAAUUAGUGACAUGAGUUUCUAGAAAAUAUCUUGCCACAUUCCAGAGCUCAUGCACACUCUAUCAGCAGAUAAUGCACAGCCAAAGUCGCACUCAGGAGAGCAUUAUUUACAAGUUUAUUCAGCGUUGAUCAGAACACAGAAAAACAUGACUGCCUGCUUUAGUGUCUACGACACAGAGAGAAAACGAAAGCAACAGAAAACAUAAACAUCCUGUGAACAGGAAAUACGCAGACUCUGUGACUCACAGCCUGCUCCCUUUUAAGGUGGAACGGAAAUAUCCUAACAGUGGGAAGGAUGGGGAAAAGUUUCUGUGGGGAAGUUCACUCCUAUGCAGGUGUUGAGGAGGGGAGGAAUUUUGAUCAGGACAACAGCAAGUGAAGAGAAGGAUCAACCUUUCACAGCACGGCCUCAGCCCAGAUUGCGGCUGCCCAUGGUGACAAUUGUCUGAAACCCAAAUGUUACAUUACAUAUUUUAUUUAAUGUAUAAUUUAACCCAACCUUUUUGGAGCUGCGGGCACAGGGAAUCUUAUUAAGGAGACAAAUAACAACCCCAAUGACAGAGAACAGUUUAACGGCAGCUCUUUUUAGCAAUAUAAACAAAUAAGUUGCUAAAGUUAGACUUGAGAAAUGCAGUCAGGGCUCAGCGGCAGAGUGUGUGAUUUGCGUGCGGAAUGUCCUUGGGUUCAAUCCCUGGUAUCUGCAGGCAGGUAUUGGAAAUAUGUCUGUCUGAAUGGAGCAUUGCUGCCUGUCUGUACUGAGCUAGACAGACCCAAACAUUUGACUCACAGCUUUGUGCAUGCGCUGCUAUUUCAAGUGACCAUUGUAUUUAUCAAGUGCUUUUUUUUCUUUGUACAGCUGUGGCAAUGGAACACUUCCACAACCUGUUAAUGCCCAUUGUUGAAAUCACACCUUUGGUCACCAGAAAUGAGGUAACGCAUGCCUACGUUAUUACGUACUGGGUUUGUUUCAUAGAAUCAGGAGUGUAGAGUUGGAAGGGACCAUCAGGGUCAUCUAGUCCAACCCCCUGCAAUGCAGGAAUCUUUUGCCCAACAUGGGGCUCAAACCUACAAUACUGAGAUUAAGAGUCUCAUGCUCUACUGACUGAGCCAUUUCUUGUAGUAACUUAUACUCUACCCUUCAAGCAAAUUACCAGGGUGGAUUACAAAAUAGAAAAACACAAGAAAACAAACUUAAAAACAUACCAAGAGCCCUUGUAGUGCAGAGGGAGCUUUGCAGUCUGGCUGGCUGGCUUUUGUCCUGCACAAAGAGCCCAUUUUACAGGUGGAGAAAUCUCCCAGGUCACGUCCUAACAUUCUAACCAUUACGCCACACUUCUUUCCCCUUCUAAUUUUUCCUUCGUCUUUACUCUGUUGUUACUCUUGGCUUGCCUGACAUACGUCUGAUGUUCUUAAUGGUAUUAUGAAUUGGCAUGCUGCCAUAUACAUUUUUUUUGUUGAUCAUGUUGGCAGAAAUUCUAAAAUAAACUAUUGUGCUUUUCAAAAAGAGGGUUCAGCAGAGUUGUGGGUGAGAAAGCAAUCACUGGGUCCUAUCACAAUAGCUAUGUCCUGCCUCCAUUGGAUGCCUCUUAAUAUCACCUGCUGGGAGUCGCAAGUGGGGAGAGGGCUAUUGUUCUGAGCUCCUGGGCUUCCCAUAGGCCUGUAAGACAGAGUUGUUCCGCCUGGCCUUUGGCUUGGAGCCAGUUUGAUUCCCUCCCCUUCUUUCUUUUUUCUUUUUCCUUUCUCCUCCUGUGAUGAGGCUGCAUUUUAAUGUUUUAGUGUUGUAUUUUAAUCUUGUUUUAAAGUUGUAUUCAUUCAACUUGUUUUUAUUAUUGCUUGUUAGCCGCCCUGAGCCUGGCCUUGGCUGGGGAGGGCGGGGUAUAAAUAAAAAUUAUUAUUAUUAUAGGCAUCUGGUUGCCCACUGUGAGACUAGGAUGCCAAGACUAGGUCGGCCUUUGACCUGAUACAGCCGGUGCCUUCUUAGGUUUUUACGAAAAGCAUCAUUUUAAAUGUGCGAUGGAAACGAUGAUGGGAUGAAGGGAAUUGUGGUGCAGUGGCAUCUGGAGGGCACUGAAUCUGGGAAGCCCACCCCAGACCAGGUACCCUCCAUUGUCGUUUGCUCUCAUGUUGUUUCAAAACAGUUUUUAAAAGAAACCCAACUCCUUUGCUUUCGCUUCGCAGGUGUACAACAUUGCUUACACGAACACGUUCAAAAUAGAUAAAGCCCGGCAACAGCUCGGCUAUGCCCCCAAAAAGUACUUGUUUGCAGACUGCGUGGAUCAUUUUUUGAAAACCAGGCCCCGCAAGAAGAAUUAUUUCAUGCUGAAAAGCUUCGUGGUGAUAGCCCUGUUCAUUGCCCUGAUCAUCCUGGCAGUUUACCGUCAAGAAGUUUGGGAAUUUGUUCACAAGAACUGGGGAAAGUAUCAGCAUCUUGUCGUGCGAUAAACCAGCCGUUCUCAGGCACAGGAUCGGCCGGGGGAACAUUGCGCUUGGAUCGCAUGGUCUGUUUUUCUUAGCUCUAAAGUAGUAGGCAGGCAGGAAGGUACAUUAAGAGGAAUAAGAAACAUACAAGGAAAUCGUCCUGCGGUGGCUAAUGAACAGAAAGCCAAAAUGGCCACCGAAAAUCACACUCAGGAGACUCACGCAAGGGGAGAGGGUGUUGUUUUUAUAUCAGUGGUGUCUGCAUUCAGUUGGUUCCUCGUCUUUCGUCAAACUGAAGAAGAGAGGGGGGCUUUCAAAGGCUGCGUACAAAUAAUCCUCCACAGACACACCAGGACGGCCUCUUGCCUCUCCAGGUCAUGACGAGAAAACGGGGCCCACGAAGGUGAGAAAGAGAUCCAGGAGAACAGUGCCAACAGCGAACCGUUUUGCGCGGCACCGGAUGUCUCUUGCCAACUUUGCAGCGCGAGCUGAAAAUAAAACCACACCUGAAAACCUGCCU